CGCUGGGCGGUCGUUUGGCGCAUGGCGGAUUCCGUGCUGUUCGAGUUUCUGCACACGGAGAUGGUGGCGGAGCUGUGGGAUCACGAUCCCGACUCUGACCCCACCCCGGGGGGACAGAAGCCGAGCCUGUCCGUGCUGGAGGGCAUUGGCUUCCGCGUGGGCCAGGCCCUGGGCGAGAGGCUGCCCCAGGACGCGCUGGCAUUCAGGGAGGAGCUGGAUGUGUUCAAGUUCCUGUGCAAAGACCUGUGGGUGGCCGUGUUCCAGAAGCAGGUGGACGGGCUGCGCACCAAUCACCAGGGGACCUACGUCCUGCAGGACAACAGCUUUCCCCUCCUGCUGCCCAUGGCCUCCGGCCUGCAGUAUCAGGAGGAAGCAGCCAAGUUCCUGGCCUUCCCCUGUGGCCUCCUGCGUGGCAGCCUGCACACCCUGGGCUUCAGGAGCUCCGUCACUGCCUUGGUGGCAGCCCUGCCUGCCUGUAAGUUCCAGGUGGUGAUCCAGAAACCCUGAGGGACCCGGCCCAGGGACUGCGGGGCUCCCGGGUGCUCAGGAGUGGGCAUCGGAGGGAG